GAGGUUCUUUGGCCGCGGUGUUCAUGGAGCACUACGGCGAGGAUCUGCACAACGCUGUGCUGACCACGAUCAUCGAGGUGACGCUACAGGUGCUGAGGCUGCUGCCUUCACAGUCCUACUCUCGCGGCAUGACCAAGAUCCUCCAGCUGGCCAGAGAGAACGCGCUGUGCCGCAGGGGAGGACUGCAGCUCGAAAGCCGCUGUCACACCAAGCAGGCACAAGGCCGACUGUCCCUGCUGCAGUGCUGCUUGCACCUCGACGCGCCGAACCCGUCCGAGUACGUCAUCAACCCGCUGGACGUGAGCCCGUACUCGGCCUUCUACGAGUUCCUCACGCUCUCCAUCGAGGGAGUGGUGCUGUUCGUGCUCCUGCUGUGCAUCGAGGUGUGGCUCCCGUCGUUGGAGAAGUCGUUUACCUCGCUCGACCCUAACGUCUACCGGGAGGGAUACGCGGUGGCCAAACCCUCCCACGCCGUAGGGAAGUCCCUUGCUGGCACGAAGAAGCCCGAGGACACGGACGUGAUGAUUGAGAACCAGAUGAUCGUGGGGCUGGUGAACAACCAGAUGGCGUCAUCCGCAUCGCGGCCUCUCUUGGUUGUGAAUCGCCUCUUCAAGUCCUACGGCUACGUCGAGAGCAAUCCCGUGUUGCAGGCAAGUUGCUAUCGUGCACGCUGGCAUUGUUGAGCUGUGCCGCUGUCAAGGCCUAGAUAUGCGUACUCUUGCGCCGA